CGAAUUAGUGAGCAUUUGCAAACCCCACUCGACGCCUCUUCUCAAACUCCCCCCCAACCCCCUCCGUUGCGUUUGCACUCGCGACGAGGUGCCCACGAGACAAUUACCGGUCAACGUUCCUUCUUUCCGCUCGAUUUCCUCCGCCGCGGCGAUCCUAUCCUCCGCACUUGAUCUACCCCGCCACCGAUCUCUCAUCCGUCGCCAGGGUUCCUCCCCACGCGGAGCCGGCCGCUCCAUCCGCUGCCCCGCCGCCUUAGCCUUUUCUCUCCUUGCAAUUCCAAAAAAGGUAGAAGAGGACUCAACAUCCUCCAAGAAAAGCUCAUGGCAAAUUUUCGUUCACUUCUCUUGGGUUUGUCACGGGCACGAAGUGCUUCUCUUUUUGGUAUUGGUAGUAGUAAAUAUUCAAGAAGUUCGCUUAAUUACAAACUUGAGAGCCUGAAUUGUGCAGUAUCAUCUCCCAGUGGUGGCUCUUUAUAUGUUUUAUCUAAAAAGUUGCUUGUUCAAGUUCAUUUGUUCUCAUCUGCAGGACUUCCUUCACAUAUGGUGCUUGGAAUGCCAGCACUGUCCCCUACAAUGAAUCAAGGUAACAUUGCAAGGUGGAGGAAAAACGAAGGUGAUAAGAUUGAAGUAGGUGAUGUUUUAUGUGAAAUAGAGACAGAUAAAGCAACUCUUGAAUUUGAAAGCCUUGAGGAGGGGUUUUUGGCCAAGAUAUUAGCACCUGAAGGUUCAAAGGAUGUGCUUGUGGGACAACCUAUUGCAAUUACGGUUGAAAAUCCAGAUGAUGUUAAAAGCAUACCAGCUGAUAUAUGCAAAGGAUUCGAGGCCAAAGGGGAAGAAUCGACUAAGGAAUGGACUGACACUGCAGAACACAAAGUGAGCAUUCCAAAGGCAAAUUUCAGCAGAAUCAGCCCGUCAGCAAAGUUGCUAAUUGCACAUCAUGGUUUAGAACCAUCUUCACUAUGGGCAUCAGGUCCUCGUGGAACUCUUUUGAAGGGGGAUGUACUUGCAGCAAUUAAGUCUGGAGUGCAGUCUACAGGAGCUCACAAAUCAGACCAAGAGCUGGUAGCUGCAUCAACAAGUACCUUGAAGCCAACUGUUCAUCAGUUGUCUCAGUCUGCAGUCCCUUUACAUGAUACAGACACUCAUGAAGAUUUUCUAAACAGUCAAAUUCGUAAGGUUAUUGCAAAACGAUUGCUGGAAUCAAAACAACACAUUCCACAUUUAUAUCUGUCCUCAGAUGUCAUAUUGGACCCUUUACUUGCUUUCAGAAAGGAACUUAAAGAGCAAUAUAAUGUCAAAGUCUCAGUAAAUGACAUUGUCAUAAAAGCUGUUGCACUUGCAUUGAGAAAUGUACCUGAAGUAAAUGUUUGCUGGAAUGAUGAGAAAGGAGAACCUGCUUUAUGUGACUCAAUUGAUAUAUCAGUAGCAGUUGCAACUGAGAAGGGCUUGAUGACUCCGAUCAUAAGGAAUGCAGAUCAGAAAUCACUCUCAGCAAUAUCCUUGGAGGUCAAAGAAUUGGCUGAGAAGGCACGAGGUGGAAAGCUUAAACCUGACCAGUACCAAGGUGGGACUUUUAGCAUCUCAAAUCUUGGAAUGUUUCCUGUGGACCAUUUCUGUGCAAUUAUAAACCCUCCACAGGCUUGUAUUCUUGCUGUUGGUCAAGGUAACAAAGUUGUUGAACCUGUCAUCGGGAUUGAUGGAGUUGAGAAACCUGCUGUCAUAACAAAGAUGAGCUUGAAGCUGUCUGCUGAUCACCGUAUCUUUGAUGGCCAGUUGGGAAGUAAGUUCCUUUCUGCUCUGGCAUCGAACUUUAGUGACAUUAGACGAUUACUCUUGUGAAGCACAGAAAAGUUCUAAAUAUUUCAUGGAAGUAUCAGAUUCAAAGUCAUCGGAUGAUGGGUCUUCAAAGUUCGGAGUGUUCCAACUCGAGCAAAAUUAAUUUCUGCACAUGAAUAAAAUUAUCAAAUGGUGUCUGUUCUCUUCAAGAGGCAUCACAUGUCUUGGGCUUCACUGAGACACCCAGAGACACAUUCUUUAACCCAAUUUACAAACUCAGUUCGUUGGACUUUUUGCAAGUGAUCUGCGUGAUCAAUUACUCUUCUUGCUGAUUGUGAGGCUUGCUGCCAAGUUCAACACGUCUCUGUUGAAGCAACUGAGGCUUUAGUUAAUGAUCUGCGUCAUGAAUCUACUCCAAGUGUGUCUUUGUGUUGACAAUCAGAGAUUUACUUUUUCUUUAUAAGGUGUAUGAGGAUUCUAAUACCAUCAACAUGGCAUGAAUCGCAAUGGUGGAGACUCUAUACUUGGGUGUAGCAACAACAGACAUUGAUGGUAUUUGCAUAUGCUAUUCUUCACAUUUUAUUUAAAUGUGGGGGAAAACAUUGCAGAGCCAUCCUAUUUAUCUGUGGCAUAAAAGGGAAGCUGCUGGUAGUGAUGCAGCAACUACUUUAUUGUUGAAGGUCAGCCCACGGAGCUGACCCUCUUUGGCUC